AUGGGUCCUCAGAUCAGCACACCUGUGUACCUUGGUACAUCUGUGUACCGUGGUCCACCUGUGUCCCGUGGUCCACCUGUGUACCGUGGUCCACCUGUGUACCGUGGUCCAGCUGUGUACCGUGGUCCACCUGUGUACCGUGGUCCACCUGUGUCCCGUGGUCCACCUGUGUACCGUGGUCCACCUGUGUACCGUGGUCCAGCUGUGUACCGUGGUCCACCUGUGUGCCGUGGUCCACCUGUGUGCCGUGGUCCACCUAUGUACCGUGGUCCACCUGUGUACCGUGGUCCACUUGUAUACCGUGGUCCACCUGUGUACCGUGGUCCACCUGUGUACCUUGGUACACCUGUGUACCUUGGUAAACCUGUGUACCGUGGUCCACCUGUGUGCCGUGGUCCACCUGUGUGCCGUGGUCCACCUGUGUGCCGUGGUCCACCUAUGUACCGUGGUCCACCUGUGUACCGUGGUCCACCUGUGUACCGUGGUCCACCUGUAUACCGUGGUCCACCUGUGUACCGUGGUCCACCUGUGUACCUUGGUCCACCUGUGUACCGUGGUCCACCUGUGUACCUUGGUCCACCUGUGUACCUUGGUCCACCUGUAUACCGUGGUCCACCUGUGUACCGUGGUCCACCAGUGGACCACG